AUGCACUUAUUUGGGCUAUAGAUCCUCGACAAACUGAUAUUUUCACUGCUGUUGACUCUAGUACCUCUGACAAGAAGAAAAGGAUCCCUAAUGCUCCCAAAGAUAACCAGACCACCGACUUUUCUAGGAAAAGAAUUAUUGUCUUUGGUAAUGCUAAAUUUGGUAGCUCUAUGAAAGGAAAACUUCCGGCUCCUACUAGACGGAUAACGGAUGUAAUUAAGAAAAUGUCUAAAGAAUUGAAAGGAAACACUUUUAUCUAUGUUGAUGAUUAUUUGACUAGUCAAACAUGCAACCAUUGUAAAAAUCGAAACUUAACUAAUAUUACUACAACCAAAUCGAAGCGUGAACUUCAUGCUGUACUCAAGUAUAACUCUUGCAGUACGGUAUGGAAUCGUGACGUGGUGGCUGCUAAAAACAUAAACUAC